UCCUUCAUUCACUUUCGACGUAUCGUCCGCUCAAGAUAAAACUCCUCUCCAUAAAUUAAUUAAAUAAUUAAUUAAUUAACUAACAAUAAAAAUAAAAAUUAAUUAUUAAUAACCAACUUUUACCUCAGGUAAAAAGUUUACGUAAAUUAAGAUUAAAAAAAAAAAAAUAAUCUAUAAAUAAAACUGGGUAUAAAUUGUCGUACUCUAAAUAAUUUAAAACGAGGCCUUACAGUUUUAAAUAAUAGUAUUAAGAAAUCAGUGAACUUUGCCGGCUUUGACUCUGUUUCAUUAAAUAAAUAAACGAUUAAAAUUAUAAAUCCGACAAUGGGUAUGAAAAAUAAGAUGUCUGAUAGCAAUCCCGAAAUGAGGGCAACUGCAGCAAGAAUCUGUCGCGAUUAUCUUCAUGGUGUAUGGAAGCAUGUCAAUUCUGAUAAUAUAGUAUUAAAACAUAUAAGUGGAGGAUUGAGUAACUGGGUGUACAAUGUACAGUUACCUGAAGGCACAACGCCUCUGCGUGGCGAACCACGUCAAGUAUUACUAAGAAUAUACGGGCAGACACAUGGUGAACGUGCAAUGGAAGGUAUUAUUACGGAGUCUGUUAUUUUUACACUAUUGUCUGAGCGUAAACUUGGCCCGAAACUCCACGGAGUCUUCCCGGGUGGUAGAAUCGAAGAGUAUAUACCAGCACGUCCCUUGCUGACCAAAGAGCUCGCCGAUCCCGAGUUGAGUGCGCUGACUGCUGAAAAAAUGGCGCAUCUACACAUGAUGCAAGUGCCCAUCAACAAAGAACCCACCUGGUUAUGGGACACUAUGGCCAAGUGGCGCACUAGUGCCGAAGAGGUGUUGAAAAACGUUGACGAAGUUGACACCCAUCUCAUGAAACAUAUUGAGGCAAUAAAGUCCAUUAACUUCAGCGCAGAGAUCGCUUGGUUCAGAUCUUUUGUAUCACAGCAUAAAUAUCCAAUAGUAUUUUGUCACAAUGACAUGCAGGAGGGUAAUAUAUUGCUACGUCAAAACAGCCGCAAACGUGAAUUAGUAAUUAUUGAUUUCGAGUAUUGCUCGUACAAUUACCGUGGAUUCGACCUGGCUAAUCACUUUGUCGAGUGGCAGUAUGAUUACACAGCAGAGGAGUAUCCAUUCUUCCACGAGAGAACUGGAUCCGGACCAACGGACGAACAAAAGCUCCACUUUAUAAGAAGUUACUUGAAGACAACUGGCAAAGAAGGUGUUGCUGAAGAAAACCGUUUGAUGGAAGAAGUUAAAGUAUUUACACUAGCUAGUCAUCUAUUCUGGGGAUUAUGGAGUGUCGUCAAUGCUGGUCAUUCAAAUAUUCCCUUUGGUUACUGGGACUAUGCGACAUGCAGACUAUCGAGCUACCAGCAUUUGAAAGAAAAAAUAAGUCAAUCACCAAUCAAUGCAAGUCAACCACAAUGUGGAAUUAAAAGAAAGGAAGAUCACACGGACUGAACGAAUGUCUAAUCUAAGCGCCACAAUGUCUAGGCUCUUAAUAAUUUUGAUAAGAGUCAAAGAUCAAUUCGAUUGCUUUGAUCUCCAUGCGACAAUAAGCAAUCGUUUUAAAAAUGACACGACGAAUGACAUCUUUACUGAGCGUAAACCAUCGUUUUAUAUUUUCUAAAGAA